AGCAACACUGCGUGUUCUGGAGGUUUCAGAAUGUUGUUCUUCUUCGUGCUGGCGGUGGUGACGCCGAUCUUCGGCGUCUACGCUGGCGUCGACAUAGUGCACGCGCUUCUCGUGCACGAGGAGCACAUUGCGCCUACUCCGAGGACGCUGGCCAAAUUUGUGGACGAGUUGCUGUCGAUCAAACAACAACCAAAAAGAUAUCAUGGGAGCCAGCAGUCCAACUAUUAUUUCUCUCCCUCUCCUUGGAUGGGUCGACGACAGCCUAAACAGCAGGUGCAUCAUCAUUACCGACCCCCGUUAAAGGAGCGACCUUUACCUGUCAACAAAUCACCGCUAACCUACUCUCCCCCAUUGAUCAUCUAUUCAUCGCCGCCGACCUAUUCAUCCCCACCAACCACCUUUUCACCACCGCCGGUGUACUCACCCCCUCCAACAAAUGCUCCUCCGCCGACCUAUUCGUCACCCUCUCCUUCGACAGAACGUCCCAUCCCCGAGUAUCGAGCUCCGCCACGGCCGACCAUUGAGCCUCAGUUCGAGUUGCCUUUACCAGCCAUCGAGGUUGAGCCGCCAGACGAGGAGCCGCAGCACUGGCCAGCGCCGCCAGAGGACGAGCUCCCACCGGCGCCCAAGCCAAUUCCCACUUUUAAAUCUCGGCCCAGCAAGAAUAAUGGUCGCGGCCGAGGCGAGUAGAAGUACAAAAAUUGAGAUUUCCGUGUUUUUAAUUUUAAUUUUUCAGGUGGUAGAAAACUCAAUUCAAAAGGUCACCGAGAAACAGGUUCAGCAGGACAGAGCAAGACUCCUAGCAGGGAAGAGUACAAGCGGUUGAUUAAAUUUUUCCUGACCGCUUUUGAUAGCAGGUACUGAUUCCAUUGAUGUUAAUUUAAUUGUAAUUUUUAUUUACAUGUUGAGUUGUAGACAGAAAUAAAAUUGAGUUAUUAUUUG